AAUUAUUGACCAGACAGCGUGGAGCUGCAGGGAGGUGAACAGAGAGUCCUCGGAUAUGCAUCAAACCCCUGGGUGCUGUUUGGACAGUCCACCGCAGCAGAAGUGAGGCGCAGGACAUUAUGUUGUUUUGGCCGCCCUACACUGAAAACUUCCAGCUUCAGAAAACCAGCGAGAGCUGCUUCACACGUUCCUGGCUUGCAGAAGCACAGCCCGAGUCGGACACAAUGACGGAAGCAGGGAGUCCUCUGAUUGGCUGAUCCUUCUGCGCUUGGCACAGGAGGCGGCUUCUGAUUGGGCGGUUGCCGCCUUGGCAUAAUUCCCGGCGCUGGCAGUGGCAGUCCUGCAGACUAAACAGACUGAAUGUUGCGGGAGCCAUGUUGAUGCCUGGUUCUGUGUCACAAGCUACAUUUUGGAUGGGUGGAGGACGCGGAAAUCCUCAACGCUGAAGUCCACGACCGCGAUGAAAAGACGGAAUUGUUUUCGGAUGGUACAGGGAGCGCCAGAAGAGAACGAUUCUUAGGUCACCGGACAGCUGAUGUGAAGUAAAGUUGAUGCUACUUAGCUUGUUAGCCGGGUAGCAACAGCUGGGCGGACGCUAUGAGGGAUGCAGCUUGUGGAUUAUAAGGAUAAAAUCUCUCAAGAUUGUUGAUAGUAUGGUAGCUCCGCUGUUUGGAGGCUCGACCUGAAGACUUUCGGGGUUGAAAAGGUCCCGCUAGCUGGCUAAGCUAUCUUUGUAAAGUUAGCUGCUAGCUAACGUUAGCAUGCUGACAAUUAGCCCGCAUCUUCUGUCACGACCAACUAUUUAACCGAGUGAGGUCUACAUGGUUGUUGCUUUCGGGUGGAACAGCGCACCGUAUGGAAAGAUAAUCACCCGAAAGCUCGCUAGAAAUAUGGGAUCAAAUUCAGCCACCUCCAGCCUAGCUUGCCAAGGUGAGGCUAACGGGCUAGCAGCAUAACUUUCCUCUUGCGGUAUCGCUCGGAGCUGCAGAGCCCGUCUCUUCUCCAGCCCACGUCUAAUACCUGAAGCAAGCUGGCGGCCCUCCGAGUUGAAGCCGAGGACAAGGAGCUGGGGCCAAUGGCCUGGGUUCUGAAGAUAGACGACGCCACCAUUGAGUCGGGGCUGGUUCAUGACUUCGAUGCUAGCCUGUCUGGCAUCGGUCAGGAGCUGGGAGCUGGAGCCUACAGCAUGAGCGAUGUGUUGGCUCUGCCGAUCUUCAAGCAGGAGGACUCCAGCCUCCCCCCCGAGAACGAGACCAAAAACCCCCCAUUCCAGUAUGUGCUGUGCGCCGCCACCUCGCCCGCCGUCAAGCUGCACGAGGAGACCCUCACAUACCUGAACCAAGGCCAGUCUUAUGAGGUGCGGAUGUUGGACAACAGGAAGCCGGGGGAGCUGCCGGAGCUCAGCAACAAGAUGGUGAAGAGUAUAGUGCGAGUAGUGUUUCACGACCGACGGCUGCAGUACACGGAGCACCAGCAGCUGGAGGGCUGGAAAUGGAAUCGCCCUGGCGACCGCCUCCUUGACAUCGACAUCCCCAUGUCUGUGGGCAUUGUGGAGCCAAAGACUCACCCCUCCCAGCUCAACGCUGCAGAGUUUUUGUGGGACAUAAACAAAAGAGCCUCUGUUUUUGUGCAGGUGCACUGCAUCAGCACAGAGUUCACUCCCAGGAAGCACGGGGGCGAGAAGGGCGUCCCGUUUCGAAUCCAGAUCGACACAUUUUCCCAGGGAGAAUGCGGCGAGUACACUGAGCACCUUCAUUCUGCCUCCUGCCAAAUCAAAGUCUUUAAGCCAAAGGGGGCGGACCGUAAACAAAAGACAGACCGGGAAAAGAUGGAGAAACGCAGCGCUCAAGAAAAGGAAAAGUACCAGCCUUCCUAUGAUACCACUGUCUUAUCAGAGACGAGACUUGAACCCGUCAUUGAGGAAGCAGGCGACCACGAGCUGAAAAAGUCCAGCAAACGGACUCUUCCCGCUGACUGUGGCGACUCCUUGGCCAAGAGAGGCAGUUGCUCCCCGUGGCCAGACACCCCCUACGUCAGCACCAACCAGGCAGCUACCCCCACAUUUACCUCCACACCUUUGUCCACCUACACCGCCUCCUCAGUACUUGACAGCGACUCUUCUUCUCCCAAUCACCAGGCAGACCCUGGUAGCCAUGGCAACUCGGAGGUCAGAGAAGCAAAGCAGCUGAGCCCCACUGCCUCAAUACAGGAAACGCAGAAGUGGCUGCUGAAAAACCGCUUCAGCUCCUACACUCGGCUCUUCUCUCACUUCUCAGGUUCAGAUUUGUUAAAGUUAACCCGGGACGACCUGGUCCAGAUCUGUGGUCCAGCAGAUGGAAUCCGACUAUUCAAUGCACUCAAAUCCAGGUCAGUGCGUCCCAGGUUGACUGUGUACGUCUGCAGAGAGUCCCCUCAGCAGAGCCCCCUGCUGGAGAGACACUGCACCAGCGAAAAUGGCGAAGACGGCGUCUCCCCUCGUUUACACGUGUACCACGCUCUGUACUUAGAGGAUCUCACGGCUGCAGAACUCAUCAGGAAGAUGGCGUGUGUGUGCAGCAUUCCACUGGGAAAGAUCAACCAGGUCUACAGACAGGGUCCUACAGGCAUUCACAUCCUGCUGAGUGACCAGAUGGUUUACAACUUGCCUGACGAGAGCUGUUUUUUAAUCAGCACUGUUAAAGAUGAAUUGGGCGACGGACUUCAUCUAAUCCUGAAGUAGUGAGGAGGACAGAUGGCAUCAGUAAUACUCCAGCCCUCUGUUUUGGAGCAGACGCCUCCCUCUGGACCUCCCCCUCCGCCUGCCUCUCCUUUUUUUGUUUUUCUCCUCCUUUCCCUCCCUCCCCGUCUCUCUUCACUUGAUGCACAGACUGAGUUGAAGCCAUGUAAAUGUUAGAAUCUGACAUGGGUGUGUCCACUGUUUCAUAUUGAAAACAUUAUUAAUGAAGGAGAUAAGUUAAAAAGAGAGAGAGACCAGGGAGGGUGUUCAGUUAGAGAGGGGAGAAUGAAUUUUAUGUGUUUUUGUUUUUAUAUGGUUUGUGUGGAGAGUAAGAGUGGAAAGGCUCCAAAAGAGACGCAGCGUUGGAGAAGUUGUUGCCCAUCCCCUUGCAAACACGCACAACCAGCACUAGGCCAGUAUUUAAAGAACCUGUAACGCAUGUGGUCUCCUAAUAGCUUACAGAAGACCUCCGCUUAUUUACCAUUCUCGAUGGAAUAAAAUGAGCAGCCGAGUUGGAAAAAACAAAAAAAAAACCUCUCCAAGUAUCCAGGUGAAAUGAGUGGAAGUCGUUUUUGAAUUUUGGAAACUUUUUUAACAUUUUCCUUUUGUCUCAUGUAGUCUUAGCCAGCCAUAUCUCUGUUUUUGAGGUUUCUCCAUGUGCAUCCUGUUUGGUUAAUUCAAUCGUAGCUGAUCCUUUUCUUUCUGUUGCUCUCUCUGGUGCCAUAUUGGCUUUUUAUCUGUUUUUUUUACUUCUUUGACUCUUCUGCUUUUUGUUGUAACACUGGUUUAAAUGAAGUAUACUUCUGGGAUUUUGGCCAUAAAACAAACCUGAAGGAUGUCCAAAAUCUUGGAACGAAGUGGACCAAACAGGUUCCAGAACUGGAGAGACCGGUGAUUAACAUCUGGGGGAAUAAUAAGAAAAGGAUGGGAUGAGUCACCUGUGCUCAAAGCCUUCUAUUUCCAAAUCUACCUUGCAAUAAAACCCUUGAAGACAUGGAAAUCAUCCUUAUAUCUGUAGAAUCGACAGGAAAAUAACCUCACGUUGGGAGUCUGCAUUUGUUUAUUUGACCCUUCUGACAUUUUUGAGGUGCUUGCAGUUUCCACCUUCAGGAAUGUGUGCAUGUGUAUCAUUUUUGUGUUUUUGCAGAUUUUUUUUUUUUGUCAAGCUUUUCCUCCUUGGUAUGAAAAAGUCGUGUUUAGCUUGCUACUUAGUAGAGAGCAUGUUGAAAAUGGGGAGAACAGGGACAUAUAAAGUUGUUAGGGAGGGGAUCCCCUCCUUUUUUUGUUUUUCUUUUUCCAAACAAAGACCAAGCCUGCACUAAAGAAUUUCAAAGUUUUAGCUCGAUGGGUAGUUGGUAGUCCCACAGCCCCGAUAUUUACUUAGCAACCAAAUCAGGAAAACGUAAAAAAAUCAAAAUAAAAAUGAGAAUGUCAAGACUUAAAAGCACCUGAUCCUGUCUCGCCACCCAGCAGAGCCAGGACUGUAGCUCCUGUGGUGUUUACACUGACAUGAGAACCACAACGAAGCAAGAUGUUCCUCAGAGAACAGCAGAGUCCGACCGCUUGUCGGGUCGUCUGCUCAGUAUAACCACAAGUCAGAAAGAUGACCACUGUUAUUGUAUUGUAUGAUGCUUCUCGUGCACAGUGUCAUAUGCUGGAGAUGUACACAACCACAUGCUGGGAAUAAAUAAUUUCAUAUUUUUU